CUCGGCCCCAUCACGUGACGUAAGCUGGAGGCCGGAGUGUUGGAGACAAAGUGAUGGAGCGUCUCUCGUGUUAACGGGAGCGAGGGAGUGAGCGGCGCUGAGGUGACCCCCAUGUUCUGGCAGGGGAUCCUAAGAAUGGCCCAUAUUUCGUCAUGCAAAGCUGUGUCACCUGCGUCAGGAAAUAGAGACAGCACAGAACAGGCUCUUCCGGCCCAAAGAGCCACAACGUCCAGCGACCCCCGACUAGCCUGAUCACAGGGCAAUUUACAAUCACCAACUAACCUGCUAACAGAAAUCUGAUGGCAGAAGGGAGGAAGCUGAUCCUGAAACAUUAUUGAAUGUUCCUUCGGGCUCCUGUACCUCACCCAUGAAGGCAGCAAUGAAUGAGAAGAGGGACUGUCCUUGAUGAUGUCCGGAAAAAGGCUAACAAGUUCAAGUGCAAGUUGUAAACCUAAACAACCACGUAAAGCAAUUUCACUGGAUAUAGAACUCGAUAUUUUACGAAGGUUUGAUGCCGGAGAAAAACUUAGUACAAUUGCUAAAACUUUGGGGCUAGCCACAUCUGAAGUGGCAACGAUAAGAGACAGCAGAGAUGAAAUUAAGACAAGUGUUCAAAUUGCUGCACCAUUAAACGCUCAAACACUCUACUUUCACCAUAGCAAAGUGAUGCUUAAUAUGGAAAGACUCCUGAGCAUGUGGAUAAAAGACCAGACGCAGGAUAAUGUGCCAUUAAGUACAAAUGUUAUUCAAGCUAAGGCCAAGAGCCUCUAUGAUGAACUUUUGAAAGAAGAGGGCAGCGGUGCACAAGGAAAACCUUUCUUGGCAAGUAAAGGGUGGUUUGACAUGUUUCAAAAGCGAUUCAACUUGCAUAAAGUGCAUAAUGCUGUUGCCAGUACUGCAAUAAAUUAUCCGAGUGAACUGAAGAAGGUAAUUGAUGAAGGAGCUUACAUGCCAGAACAGGUAUUUAAUGUAGGCGAAAUGGGUCUUUUCUGGAAACGCAUGCCUGACAGAACAUAUAUUUCAAAAGAAGAGAAGGCCAUCCCGGGCUUUAAAGCUUCCAAUGAUCGCCUGACGCUACUCGUAGGAGGCAAUGCUGCUGGUGAUUUUAAGUUAAAGCCCCUUCUAGUGUACAGCUGUGAGAAUCCCAGAGCUCUCAAGGGUUAUGCAAAACCUAACCUACCAGUGAUUUGGCACUCAAACAGCAAAGCCUGGAUGACUGUGACUAUUUUUCAUGACUGGUUUAUCAACUAUUUCUGUCCAGCUGUAGAAAAGUACUGUGCCAAACAUCAUCUUUCCAACAAAGCACUGCUCAUUUUGGAUAACACUCCUAGCCACCCACUGAAUUUAAAUGAUCUUUCUAAUAAUGUGCGAGUUGAGUACUUGUCCCUCAACACAGCAGCCUUAUUACAACCAAUGGAUCAAGGUGUAAUUGCAACUUUCAAAAGAUAUUAUUUAAGAAAAACUUUUAAGCAAUUGACUUAUGCAACUGAUGAAGAAGGUAAGCCAACAGUUCGAGAAUUUUGGAAAAGCUUUAACAUUAUGAAUGCAAUAGAUAACAUAGCUGAGUCAUGGGAUGAAGUGAAAGUUUCUACAAUGAAUGGUGCCUGGAAAAACAUUUGGCCGGAGUGCAUCAACAACUUUAGUGGCUUUCCACCAGCAGAAUCAGCAGAAAAGGUUACCAGAGACAUAGUAGAACUAGCAAAUGAGGCCGGAUUUGAAGAUGUUGUCGAAGGAGAUGUGAUUCACCUCUUGGAUUCGUAUGAAGAUUAUUUGUCAGAUGAAGAUCUCAUGUUGUUGGAGCAAGAGCAGGCUUCACAAGAAAUUGAUAUGAUAGAAACACCACCAGCUCCUCUUCAAAUAAUGACAAACCAUCUUUCGGAUGCCUUAUCGUACAUUGAUCAGGUUGUGCAUAUCCUUAGUGUGAACGACCCAAACCGAGAACGUAGUCUAAGGGUUGGCCGCUUACUGCAAGACGCUAUGAGCUGUUACAGGGAAAUGUACAAGGAAAAAGUACGUCGCAAACAACAAUCAACUCUUGAUGCGUUCCUUGUCUUAAAAUCAGAGCCUCCCUCUCCCUAACUCUGUUCCACCACGCAACACUCCACAACGUCUCUGAGAGUAUGGCGACAACUUGCUAAAAGCUGUCAGAGUUAAUUCAGAUUUCGGGUCCAGUACUCUUCUUCAUUUGCAACGAAGUGUCUUGGAGCUAUCACGUUGAUAGUGUUUCUCUUUCCACAGAAGCUGCCCAACCAGCUGUAAUUCUGUUUUUAAUGCAAUAUUUAUGGCUAAACCACUUAACGAAAUAAAAAUUGGUUUGACCUGUAUACUGGCAGAUCUUUCUUUUGAUCAUAAACAAAGAGAAUCUGUAUUUUGGGAAGAGCAAAAAUAAGCCAGGGUUGAUAGCACUAUGUUGAUGAGGACUUGCACAUAAUGAUAACUGAUUAUGUUAUCCAAGUAUAAACUUAAAGAGUAACUUUGUCACAUGUACAUCGAAACACAGUCGUUUAUCAAUCAAAUCAGCGAGAAAUGUGCUAAAGAGCCUGCAAGAGAUGCUAUGUUUCCGGCAUCCCCAUAGCUCACUAUCCCUAACCAUAUGUCUUGGAAAAAUGGGAGGAAACCCACUCAGUCAUGGAGAGAAUGUACAGUGGUGCGAAUUGAACCCCGAUCUUACAGCUCGGACUGCAAAGAAAGUGCUGUACUUGUGCCGCCCCAUAAUAAGCAUUGAAUAAUGGACGUCUGCUGUUUAAGGUAAUAUAGAGGUGCAAAUCAUUCAGCUGACACUUUGGCAACCUUCAGAGCAUGUUAUAUAUACAUACAAAUAUCUAUGGUUUGUUUCCCACAUUCUGCACUCAUUAUAGUCUCCCAGAUCAAUAACAUUGUAGACAUAUUUCUGUCCCUAGCAGGGAUAAGAAAUUAUUACAGCAAAUAUGUACGUUGGUGAGAGGGAGGAACAGGGCAUGUCUUUCUUUUGUUGCUUGAUGUGUUCUGUGUAUUUCUGCCAAGCACGGUGGUGAUGUUAUGUUGGUGUUGAAAUGUAUGGUGAUAUUUGUGGGCUGCCCAUGGCACCUCCUCGGCUGUGUUGGUCGUUAGUGCAAAGGACACACUUUACCGUGUUUCGAUUUACAUGUACAUGUGAUAACUCUGAAACAGGCCUUUCAUGGUCUAAGCUGCCAUCCAUAUUCUCAAUGUUAUCAGGUUAUCUGCUCUACACUGCAGCAUCUUGCUUCUUAUAAAAUGUUUUUAAAAAUAAUUAAUAAGGUAAGCUGGUUCUGCUUUAGUGCCUGUUCCAAAAGUUGGAUACUUAAAAUGAUUUUGCAAUAUCAAAGAUUUCUAUAAAUUCAGCAUAAUUGUCACUAGUAAUAGUAGCCUUCAUCUUUGCUUCAUGGGCAGAAAUCACAAAUGAUUGAGAGGUAAGGUCGGUGGGGAGAAAAUGCAGACGGACUUAAACUGCAAUUAAAAGUUUGUUAGAAACCAAUAAUGUACAUUCUAAAGUCUAAACCAUCACUAGAUAAGUUUUUCACAAUAACAGCUUAACAGCAACAAAAUAUCAGUUCUAAUUUAUAGAAUGAUCAUGGGGACUAUUAACUUCUUGCAGCGUGGUCCUUUUAUUCCAGUUACAAAUUCUUCUCUAAUUUAACUAACAACAUUCGCAAACCCUACCUGCCGAUGAACAGGAUGUAUAAGGAUUAGUGUUUGGCAUGUGUUCUGAAGCCACAUCUUGGUCUUGUACAGAAUAAAUAAUGACACAUAGUGUUUUGGCUUAAUAGCCUGUUUUUGGUGACAUGCGGCUCUGCAUUCUUCCAGUCAAUUUUGGCUACUUCUGCAUUUCAGAUUUUCCUUUUCUCAAUAUUGACAGCUAGACCUUCAGUAUUGACACAAUGGAUCAGACUUUGUAUUCUAAAACCCUCCUC